AUGGGUCUUUUUGGCCUCAAGUCAAAGAAGUCGUCCCACUCCGACUCGAGCAGCAUCCGGAAGCACACCCUCCACGCUUCCACCGCCUCGUCGACCGUCAAGCACAACCCCGACGCCUCCGACAUUGUCGGCGACUCGCCCACCUUCAACCCGACCCCGACCGCCAAGUCCCAGCCUCGAAGGCAGGACUCGAUCACCUCCGAAACCGCCAGCCUGCGCAACCGCAACUCGACCAACAUGAUGAAGCUCUUCGGAGGCAGCACCUCGAAGCGCAGGCCCUCAAAGGGUCCCUCGGACUCGCAGUCUCCCAACAUCACCCAGCCCGCAGAGUACUUUGAUGGCGGCAGGAAGUCGACCAGCCAGGCGCGCACCCCCGCCGCCGAGCCUGCCGGCAGCAAGACCUCGACGCCCGUCGCCGAGACGGCCAAGCCCGGUGUUGCCGGCCUGCCCACCCUCGGCUCGCUGCCCACCAUCGGCACGCCCACCGGCGACGGAAGCCUCGUCAACGCCGUCAACAAGGACGUGCCCGGCGCCGGCCUCAACGCCAACGCCGGACCGCGGCCCAGCGACCUCUUUGCCGGCAAGGGCGUCCAGUGGAACCAGAUCGACCUCACCGCGCGCGACUCGACCGCCAACGCCCAGCCGCCCAAGGCCGAGGACCUGCAGAGCUUCCUCAAGGCUCGAAGACAGUGGAUCCCCACGUUCAAGACCGAGGACUCGGUCGAGGAGGAGGAGAGCAUCACGGCCGACCGUCUCGCCAACCUCAGCUUCACCACGACUGGCGUCGACAGGUCGGGCGGCCUGAUGAGCCUCAAGGACCUGGAGGAGUCGCACAAGCGCAAGGCCGCCCUCUCUAGCCAGCUGCCCAUCGUCACGGGCAACAACGGCACCGUGUUCGAAGAGGCUGGAGCCCAGGCUGGCCGCGGCUCGAUCAGUGCCGACCUGCCGCCAAGGCCCACGGCGCCGCUGAGGAACCAGUCGUUCAGGACGAGCAACUUUAUCGGAGGCGGAGGGGCGAGCAGUGCCGCCAGCGGUAGCGGCAGCGGCGCGACGGCCAACGGCGGCGUCAACGGCCACGGCGCCGCCCUGACAAAGUCAGGAAUCGGCAGCCUGUCGAGGAAGCCCGUUCCCAAGGCCACCGAAGAGGACGGUGCAGGCCCGGCGGCGGCCACGACGCCGCAGCGCGACAUCCCGCAGCGCAGGAGCUCGAUGCAGCGGAGCAGGCCGAGCUCGGACGUCAACGGCUCAGAUGUCGCGCCGGCAAACGGGACGUCGGCGGUUGCCGCCAACGGAGCUUCCGCGGCCGAGGGCACGCCAGCGGCCCACGCUGCUGGCCGGGCCUCGCUGGACACGGCCACAGGGUUUGCCACUCCCGAGACGGGCGAUGCCGCAGUGGUCGAGAACGCCGGCACAGGUGCCAUUGCGGUGCCUCACGUCUCUGCUUCACCCGCCGGUGCAGCGGCACCGCCGAGGCCUCCGAAGGCCGACCGCACUCCGACGGCGUCGCGCAAGAACAGCCAAGAUCCGCUGCACGCCAGCCUCGGCGCGGCCGACUCGGCUGCCGCAGGAACCAGCGACGGACACACUGCAGAGGUCGGUGCCCUGCAGCGGGUCGACGAGGUGGCUUCCAAGGCGGCGCCGGCGCUCCAGACGCAGGUUCCGGGCACCGGAGCCGCCGCCGCCGCUGCUAGCUCCCAGUAG